AUCAGACGGCAAAAAGCUUCUCUUCUUCAUCUUGAACCUCAGAACUUGAGGAGAGAGAAAACUAUUCCAUCGUCCCGACUCGUACCGCCUCCUUCUCCUUUUCUCCCCUCCGCUCUCCUGAAUUCUUCAUCGCCGACGUCACGCGUGCAUGUCUUCAUCUCUGCGGGCCGAAACGGCGUCGAUCGUCGGCGAAUCCGUCGACCCGGUAGCGGUAGCCGAUGCCGAGGAUGAGGUGGACGAGCGCUGAGCAGGCGGGGGUGUCCUGUCCUGCCCGUGCGGUUUAGAAAAAUGGGCUCUGCCCAUCUGGCGAGAUUCGAUUAGAUUAGGUCGCUGUUCAUCGUCAGCUGGAGAUGAUAAGUACUUUUAAUAUUCUUGUCAGAGACUUUUCGUGCGCUGGAUAAUCCUCGGUUAAUUCGUCGCAUUUAAAGCGUGGAUUUUUCUUUUAUCUCAUCGUUCUUCAAGUGCCCGAAUUAGAGAAUUGGCCAAAAUCUUCGUUUGUCAAUCUGCCUGCCAAUCAAAAAGCUCAUUUCAGCCCCCUCGUCCGGUCUAAAGCCGUCGCCAAGGUCUUAUCUUUCUCAUCCUCUGAUCGAGAAAAUACAAUUUUUGCGGAUACCCUUUUUCGCGAAAGGCGAGAUUUACUGGUAGGCCCGCGAGUCGCGAGGUUGAAGACGAUUUGACCGCCGCCACCCCCGCCACCUUCCUCUACGUCGGAAUCUGCCAUCUGGGUUCGGAAGGUCGGCGAUGGCUUCCUACGAAUCGGACGAUUCGGUGAGAUCUUACACCUUCCAGUCGAACCGGAGCUUGGCGUCGUCGCAUCACUUGCGCCACGUGGAUUCGUUGGCCACCCUGCCCUCGGGGGCUGGCAGGAUCUCGCACUUGAACGCCGUGAUCCUCGGUGAAGCUCUCGCCUCCGAAGAGAAUGAUCUCGUUUGCCCCAGUGAUGAAUUUAGCAAGCAGGCUCUCGUCCCAUCUCCGCAAAAGUACUUGGAGAUGUACAAAAGGUCUAUUGAGGACCCAGAUGGCUUUUGGUCUGAUAUUGCAUCUGAAUUCUACUGGAAAAAGAAGUGGGGUGAGCAAGUAUGCAGUGAGAAUCUGGAUGUGCGGAAUGGGGAAGUCAAGAUCGAGUGGUUCAAAGGUGGUAUUACCAACAUUUGCUACAAUUGCUUGGAUAGAAACGUGGAAGCUGGACUUGGGGACAAGAUCGCAAUCUAUUGGGAAGGGAACGAGCCCGGUUAUGAUGGCACCUUGACCUACUCAGAACUACUUCAAAAAGUUUGCCAGCUUGCGAAUUACUUGAAAGAUAUCGGAGUUAAGAAGGGUGAUGCGGUGGUAAUUUAUCUUCCCAUGUUAAUGGAACUGCCGAUAGCCAUGCUUGCUUGCGCGCGCAUUGGUGCUGUACACUCGGUUGUGUUUGCUGGAUUUUCUGCUGAGUCUCUUUCCCAAAGAAUCGUGGAUUGCAAACCGAAGGUUGUUAUUACUUGCAAUGCAGUUAAAAGAGGUUCAAAGGUCAUAAAUCUGAAAGACAUAGUUGAUGCUGCCCUUGUUGAAUCAUCUGGCAAUGGAGUUUCUGUAGGUGUAUGCUUAACAUACGAAAAUGAAUCAGCCAUGAAGAGAGAAAGCACCAAAUGGAAGGAAGGGAGAGAUAUAUGGUGGCAGGAUGUUGUUCCUAAAUAUCCAACGACAUGUGAAGUAGAGUGGGUUGAUGCAGAGGAUCCACUUUUUCUCCUCUACACCAGCGGUAGCACCGGAAAACCAAAGGGUGUUCUCCAUACUACCGGAGGAUAUAUGUUAUAUACUGCCACAACAUUCAAGUAUGCAUUUGACUAUAAACCAACUGACAUCUACUGGUGCACUGCUGACUGUGGCUGGAUAACUGGGCACAGUUAUGUUACCUAUGGACCUUUGCUCAAUGGAGCAUCUGUUGUAGUUUUUGAAGGGGCGCCAAGUUAUCCUGAUUCUGGACGCUGUUGGGAUAUCGUUGAUAAAUUCAAGGUGACAAUUUUCUAUACUGCCCCAACGUUGGUGAGAUCGCUCAUGCGCGAGGGUGCCGAGUAUGUUACCAAGUAUUCACGCAAAUCAUUGCGGGUCCUAGGAAGUGUUGGCGAACCUAUCAAUCCAAGUGCAUGGAGGUGGUUUUUCAAUGUAGUUGGGGAUUCAAGGUGCCCUAUAUCUGACACUUGGUGGCAAACUGAAACUGGCGGCUUCAUGAUCACACCAUUACCUGGUGCCUGGCCACAGAAACCUGGAUCUGCUACUUUUCCUUUCUUUGGGGUUCAGCCUGUCAUAGUGGAUGAAAAGGGGGUUGAAAUUGAAGGCGAGUGUAGUGGAUACCUGUGCAUUAAAAGUUCCUGGCCUGGGGCAUUUCGUACACUUUAUGGUGAUCAUGAGCGAUACGAAACAACAUACUUCAAACCAUUCCCAGGAUACUAUUUUACUGGUGAUGGCUGCAGCAGGGACAAGGAUGGUUACCACUGGCUGACUGGUAGAGUUGAUGAUGUCAUCAAUGUCAGUGGACACCGGAUUGGAACAGCAGAAGUGGAAUCUGCUCUUGUCUCGCAUCCCAAAUGUGCGGAAGCUGCAGUUGUUGGUGUUGAGCAUGAGGUGAAAGGACAAGGCAUUUAUGCCUUUGUCACUCUGGUGGAAGGUGAACCUUACAGCGAAGAACUGAGAAAAAGCAUCAUACUCACCGUCAGGAAACAGAUAGGAGCAUUUGCAGCACCUGACAAAAUUCACUGGGCGCCCGGCCUACCAAAAACCCGCAGUGGAAAGAUAAUGAGGAGAAUCCUGAGGAAAAUUGCCUCGAGGCAAUUAGACGAGCUUGGAGACACCAGCACACUGGCAGAUCCAUCUGUUGUAGAUCAGCUGAUAUCACUUGCUGAUACCUAAAGCGCCAAGGUUUGUAACUUAUGAGGUCGUCAUCAGGAUUUUCAGUCUCAGGCUCUCAUCGAUGUUGGAUUUUUUGAGUUUGUAAGUAGCAACAUAGUGUGCUUAUUCCGAGUCGGCCAUUUCUUUAGCACUUCUCAGAACUUGUUGGCAUCUGAUCUUCGUCAUAAGAAUAAAUGAAAUAGGUUCUCUCUUGGUUGGCGGUGUUAAAA